GGUUAAAAGAGGACACGCAUCAUCGCCGUCGUCAUUUGUCCCCCAAUCCAUAUCCAUUUCCCCUUCACACAGCCUCUGGGCUCUUCCCAGCCUCUCCAGCCACACUCCCGUGGUCGCCGCCGCCGCCGCUGUAGCUGUCGACGCCUCUGCUUCUUAUCAACGCAAAGUCCAUUUUGACAGCAGAAAUGCAAGGAAUCCAAUCGUUUUCAUUGAAAGCAAGCUUGAUCAAAAGUGCAGUUCUGAAACACAUCCGUCUGGCAAAUCCUCAGAUUGUUUCAUUUUCACGCUUCAUGUCUGUUUCAUCUGCACGAAUCGAAGAGCAUGGAUUUGAAAGCACAACGAUUGCUGAUGUACUGAAAGCCAAAGGCAAAAGUGCAGAUGGCUCCUGGCUUUGGUGCACUACAGAUGAUACUGUGUAUGAUGCUGUCAAGUCGAUGACACAACAUAAUGUUGGGGCCUUGGUUGUUGUGAAGCCCGGAGAACAGAAAUCUAUUGCUGGAAUUAUCACAGAGAGAGAUUACCUCAGGAAGAUUAUCGUACAGGGAAGAUCAUCAAAAUCGACCAAGGUUGGAGACAUCAUGACUGAGGAGAACAAGCUGAUCACUGUUACACCCGACACAAAGGUUCUGAAGGCAAUGCAGCUGAUGACUGAUAACCGCAUCAGGCACAUUCCAGUGAUCAACGAAGCUGGGAUGGCAGGCAUGGUUUCCAUUGGAGAUGUGGUUCGUGCUGUUGUCAGCGAGCAUCGUGAGGAGCUGGACCGCUUGAAUGCUUACAUACAGGGCGGUUAUUAGGUGAUGAUGGAGUAUCAGAUAUGGGUUGUCGUGAAGGAGUGCCUUGGUUGAAUUAUGGAGUGCUUGUAAAUAUGGCUUGUUGCGUGCACCUGCUUGGACUUAUUUGUAUGGAUCUCCUAACUUGUCUAACUACCUGCCAGGACAGGCAGGUUCAUAAUAACUACGCAAUAAUAGAAAGGCAACUGCAGUAUAAUCUCAUCCAAUUUUCAUCUCUUGCAAUGGCCAUGCCGAAAUGAUAUUGCAAGUAGCUUCGUCUCUGGAUGAUGAUUGAUACCUGAUGGUUGCUUUUGAAGUAGUUUUUAUACAAA